AUCAGCUGUGUCCAAUCACAGCUGAUCACAUAGCACUGAUGAUCAGUGUGCCCUGAUGAUCAGUGUAGCCCCAGCAGUGCCACCUGUCAGUGUCCAUCAGUGCCUUAUGUCAGUGCUUCGUGCCAGUGCCCAUCAGUGCCACAUAUCAGUGCCCAUCUGAGCUGCCUUUCAGUGUCACCCAUCAGUGCCAGUCAGUGCCGCCUAUCAAUGCCAAUCAGUGCCACCUAUCAAUGCUGCUAAUCAGUGCC